AUGGAAGCAGAAGAAUGGUUGCGGUCUGUUCAAUCUAUACUCGAGCAUAUGAGACUGGACAAUGAAGACAAGGUUUCGUGUGCCUCUAGCUGCCUCAAGAGAGAUGCCCGCAUUUGGUGGGACAUAGUGGCGCAGACCAAAAAUGUGGCCACUAUGACAUGGGAUGAUUUUGUGCAAGUAUUUAAUAAGAAGUAUUAUAGCCUUGCUAUCUUGGCCACAAGGGUGGAUGAGUUCAUUACCCUCACCCAGGGAAAUUCAUCUGUAACUGAAUACGCCAGAAAAUUUAACCGUUUGGCUAAGUUUGCACCAGACACUGUGCCGACAGAAACAUUGCGAAUUCAGCGAUUCGUGAAGAGGCUAAAACCUAUGAUUGCUAGAGUUGUAAAGCUAGUUAGAGGGGUAACCACAUAUGCUGAAACAUUGAAAAUAGCAUUAGAAGCGGAACUGUCAAAGGAGACUAUCUGGAAGGAAAAUGCUGCCAGAAGAGAUGAAAAGAAAGGGAACGUUGGGCAACAGGACCAUAAGAGGAAGCACCCUGGUAGUCAAACUCAGGAGGUAGACAAAAAGGGUAAAUCAGUGGAAUCUAGCGGUGAUACCAAAAAGCCUUAUGUUGAAUACCCACAAUGCCCAACUUGUAAGCGAAAGCAUCCAGGAGAAUGUCAGUUCCUGAAGAAAGGAUGCUUUAACUGUGGCCAGAAAGGGCAUAUGAAGAAAGAUUGUCCAAAGGCAAAGGAGCAAAAAAAGGACAACGAGUUAGUUCCUGCAAGAGUUUUUGCUCACACCCAAGGAGAAGCGGAGACUAGUAACAUGGUUGUGACAGGUCAGCUUAUUAUUUCUGGUAAAUUAUGUAAUUUAUUAUUUGAUUCUGGAGCUAUGCAUUCUUUUAUUUCUUAUAGAAUGAUAGACGAACUAGAAAAGCCUUACGAAUACCUUAGUAGUCAGUUCGUUACGGAAUUACCCUUGGGAGAGGUGGUACUAUAUAAUAGAGGGUUGCGCGGCGCGACAGUCAGAAUUGAAGGAAAAGAACUACCGGUGGAUCUAAUUGAGCUGAACAUUAAAGAUUAUGAUAUAAUACUAGGUAUGGAUUGGCUAUCGAGACACAGAGUGACAAUAGAAUGUAAAGGAAAAAUGAUCAUUUUCAAAACAGAAGAAAGAAUGCAGCUCAUUUUUAAAGGAGAUAUAUCCAAAACCAAAAUUGCUAUAAUCUUAGUGUUUAAGGUGCGAAAACUCAUGAGUGACGGUUGCCAGGCAUUGCUGGCAAGCAUGGUAGACAAGUCCCGGGAGACGCAGUUAAAUCUGGAGAAUGUUCAUAUCGUUUGUGAAUUUCCCGAAGUAUUUCCCGAGGAUUUACCGGGAUCGCCUCUGAGCCGAGAGAUCAAAUUUGUAAUAGAACUGGCACUGGAGACAGCACCGAUCUCAAAAGCUCCCUACCGUAUGGUGCUCUCAGAAUUAGAGGAACUAAAAUUACAGCUUCAGGAGCUACUGGACAAAGGAUUCAUAAGACCCAGCUACUCACCUUGGGGUGCGCCAAUACUUUUUGUCAAGAAGAAAGAUGAGAGCAUGCAUAUGUGUAUUGAUUAUCGGGAUCCUAACAAGGUAACGAUCAAGAACAAGUACCCGUUACCUCGUAUAGAUGAUCUAUUCAAUCAACUACAAGGAGCUACAGUGUUCUCGAAGAUAGAUCUGAGAAAGGUCAACGUAGUCGCAGAUGCCCUGAGUAGCCGUAAUUAUGGGAGUGUUGCAAUGCUCAAGGAAAUGGCGGAACCUCUCCGAAAUGAUAUUAUAAGAUUCAGGAUUAAAAUAGUUACGGGACAGUUUGCCAACCUCACAAUCAAGCCCACGUUUCUAGAGGAGAUUAGAGAGGAGCAACGAGGAGAUGAGUUUCUUCUCAAGAAGCUGGCUCUCUUACAAAACUCAGAGGAUGCAGAUUUCUCAAUGACCAAAUAA